UUAGAGUCCCCUUUCUUCCGUUCUUCUUCCUCCUCCCAUUUGCUAUUUUUGAAGCCUGGCUAAAGUGCGUGCUCCUGGAAUUCAGCUCAGCCCGCCAAAGCACAUUCCUUUCUUCUUCCUCCUCCCAUUCGAUCACCGAUCCAUCCAUUCCAUCGCCAUUUUCCUACCUCGGACCGACCGAAACCCAGGCGGACCGAUGCUGACGUCGCUGUUCGGGGCGCGGGCGGCGGACCCGGCGGAGCCGUCGGACCAGGCGCCGGAGCCGGAGCCGUCGGGGCGGCAGCUCUCCGACGGGGACCUGCUGGACGAGCUGGCGGCCACCGUCGGCUCCGCUUGCGCGUUCCAGGAGUUCCGCCGGUCGCACCGCAAGGAGUGCUUCAACCUCCUCCGGUGGCUCCAGCUCGUGCUCCCGCUCAUCCAGGAGCUCCGCGACGCCGCCCCGCCCCUCACCGACGACGCCUACCGCCGCCUCGCGCUCCUCUCCCGCGCCUUCCACGCCGCCCGCCGCCUCCUCCGCUGCUGCCACGACGGCAGCAAGAUCUUCCUCUCGCUGGAGAGCGAGGCGGUGCAGGGGAGGUUCCGGGCCGUCUACGAGAAGAUCAACCUCGCGUUGGACGGAAUGCCGUACUCGGAGCUUGGCAUCUCCGACGAGGUCAAGGAGCAAGUGGAGCUCAUCAACGCGCAGCUCAAGAGGAGCAAGAAGAGGGCGGACACGCAGGACAUGGAGCUGGCCAUGGACUUCAUGGUGCUCCUCCAGAACAAGGAGGACAGGAGCGCCGACCGCGCCAUCCUGGAGCGGCUGGCCAAGAAGCUGGAGCUGCAGGGCCUGGCAGACCUGCGCGCCGAGACCAUGGCCAUCAAGAAGCUCAUCAACGAGCGCAACGGGCAGCAAGCCGAGAGCACCAAGCAGAUCAUUGAGCUCCUCAAUAGGCUCAAGGAGGUCGCCGGCAUAGACGAGAAGAACAUCCUUGGUGAGGUCUCCAUCCCCAAGUACCUUGAGAAGUGCCCCUCCCUCAUGAUCCCCAACGACUUCCUAUGCCCGAUCUCCCUCGAGAUCAUGACCGAUCCCGUCAUCAUCGCCAGCGGCCGGACUUAUGAGAGGAGAAGCAUCCAGAAGUGGUUGGAUGCCGGGCAGCGAACGUGUCCCAAGACACAGCAGCCAUUGGCACAUCUGUCGUUGGCGCCAAAUUUUGCUCUCAAGAACUUGAUCAUGCAGUGGUGCGAUAACAACAAGGUAGAGAUGCAGAUGGGGGAGCCCGCAGAGGAGCCCGCUCCUGAGCAGGAAGAGAGCAAGGAGGUCCUCAUCCCGUCACUGGUGAAGGACCUCUCAUCGGUGCACCUUGAAGUGCAGCGUGAGGCUGUCAAGGAGAUCCGGACGCUCUCCAAGGAGAGCCCAGAGAACCGUGCGCUCAUCACCGACAAUGGUGGCAUCCCGGCGCUCAUGGGACUCCUGCAGUACCCGGACAAGAAGAUCCAGGACAACACAGUGACGUCGCUGCUCAACCUAUCGAUCGACGAGGCCAAUAAGGUGCUGAUCGCCAAGGGCGGGGCCAUCCCUCUGAUCAUCGAGGUCCUCAAGAACGGCAGCGUCGAGGGGCAGGAGAACUCGGCAGCGGCGCUAUUCAGCCUUUCCAUGGUGGAAGAAAACAAGGUAGCCAUAGGAUCCAUGGGAGGCAUGCCUCCACUGGUGGACCUCCUGCAGAAUGGGACGGUCAGGGGGAAGAAGGACGCUGCCACGGCGAUCUUCAACCUGAUGCUUAACCACCAGAACAAAUUCAGGGCCAUUGAGGCCGGCAUUGUGCCGGCUCUGCUCAAGAUCCUUGAUAACGAGAAGCUCGGCAUGGUCGAUGAAGCCCUCUCCAUCUUCCUCCUCCUAGGGUCGCACUCCUUGUGCCGUGGCGAGAUUGGGAAGGAAAACUUCAUUGAGACACUCGUGCAGAUCGUCAAGAAUGGGACGCCCAAGAACAAGGAGUGUGCGCUAUCUGUCCUCCUCGAGCUCGGAUCGCACAACAAUGCACUCAUGGUACACGCAUUGGGGUUCGGCCUCCAGGAGCAUCUCUCGGAGAUCGCCCGGAAUGGCACGAGCAGAGCGCAGAGGAAGGCAAACUCUUUGAUUCAGCUUGCCCUGAAGUGUCAGUCGUAGCAGAAGAAUUAUCCAAUGUGGAAAUAUUGAAGCUGCUUGUGAUGGAUUCAGCUUCGAAUCAAAUCAACACUUUGUAAUUAAAUCGUUUGAUUUGUGCAUUGCUCAUGGAAAAGGAGCAAUGGUAGAUCUAUGCAGAGAGAAGCUGCAUGGAAUGGAUGUCAGGUAAGUACUUAGAGGAAUGAAGACGGUAAGUACAGCAGUGAAAUAUUGUUCAUCACAGAUUAAUUUGUUUAUCCAAGGAAGAACUAAAAGGGAGUGAAAGAUGAAUGAGAUAUACUGUAACUCAUUCGUUAAUUGGCAUCGGGAUUUUUUUUUGUUGUAAGUGAUACUACUAUAUGGUAAAUGUAUAAAGGAUGUGCCGAUAUUUCAUAGAAAAA